CAAACAAAGGGAGCAUGCGCUCCAGCUAAAGAAGUUAGAGGUGAAGCAGGAUCAGGAGCUCCAGCUAAGGGCUUUAGAGGUGAAAAGGGAGCAGGAUAGAGCUGAGAAGCAAAGAGAGCAUGAACUUCAGUUAAAAAAGCUGGAAGCAGCUGAGAAGGAGAGGGAAGCAGAGAGACAGAGGAAACAUGACUUGGAGAUGGAGAAGUUAAAGCAAGAGCAACACGGUCAGGGGUCAGACUGAGAGGAGCGUCUCAAUGUUAGUCGAGAAUUGAGGCUAGUACCUCCGUUUGAGGAAACAGACGUCGAUAGUUACUUCUUGCUUUUUGAAAAGGUGGCAGUGAAUCAGAAGUGGCCCAAAGGUCAGUGGGUGGCGCCAGAGAUUUCUGGGCUUGACCUGUUUUAAUUGUGGAAAAGUGGAACAUAUUGCAUCACGGUGCUUUGCUCCGAGGAAAGAAACAGGAAAGGGGAAAGCAGCAGUCCCUAUCGGAUGUGCCAUGGUAAUCAGUAGAUUGACAAGAGAGCCCCAGGUAGACAGAGUACGAGAAGGGUUGGAGACUUGUCUGUCACACGGAACCGUGUCUGUGAGGGAGGGAGACACAUCAGUUCCCGUACGGAUCUGGAGAGACACGGGGGCUGAACUGUCGUUGAUCAGCAGCAAGGUAAUAGAGUUUGGUCAAAAGACGAGAAUGGUAGCUGCAAAGGGAAUAAGUAAAAAGAUAGAAAUGGUGCCCUUACAUGAGGUCAUUAUGGAUUGUGAGCUGGUGUCUGGACCCGUUGAAAUAGGGGUGCCAUCAGAAUUCCCGAGAACUGACCGUUCAUUCGACACUUUCAUAUGAAUUAAUUUGGCCUUUUCCAGACCUUCUUUCUGCUUAUUCUUGUUCAGAUUGAAAAAAAAAGAAUUCCCGAGAACUGACGCGGACGUCCUUCUUGGUAACGAUUUAGCAGGUGGUAAGGUUUGGGCAGCCAUGACGAGGACCGGCCGGCCGGUGAGUGUUGAAGCUCCGCCCUUAGAGUCCCAGAUCUAUCUCGAAUGCGUGGUCACUCGCAACAUGUCGAGAAAGGCAGCUGAGAACAAGAGCAGUUUAAAUCUGGCCAGUUUUGAUUUGGCCGAGAUGUUUCUACCGACCCUGUACCACAAGGGUUUAGAGGGUGGUAUAACGAAGAGUACUGAAGUAAAAGAGGGUAUGGGACCGGAGGUAAAUCUGCCCUUAGUGAGGAGAAAGGUCCUAGAGGUAGGAAAUAAAGAUGAGGAACCGAUAGAGUGGUUAAGAUGUCCAGAGUUAGACAAGGAAGAUCUGUCUGGUUUGGCAGAACUGUUUGAAGAAGUUGAAAAUUCUAAAAGUGUUCUCAAUAAUGAAAUGAGGGCAGUUCUAAAGGAAAAGGAUGCCAUUACCUUGAAGAAGUCUGCUGGGUUGGCAGAUGAGGUUGUUUCAGCCCGCGGGGUUGAGGUUACUCCAGAAGGGAGUUGCCCAGAGAAUACCUGGGAGAAACGGGGGAACUUAGAAUUUGAAAAGGGUACGGGUAUUGAAAGCCUGGAAGAGGCCAAUGUCCUGUUUGAGUGUGUCCAAGAUGGGGAUGCACAUAGUACUGAACCUAGUAACGGAGCUCAGAAAAAGUCAGAGGUAUUUGAUUCAGUGGAACGGGGCGGCCGUCCUUGUGGGUCAGAUAGACUUGGUUCAGUGAAAAAAGGGUUAACCUUGGUAACAGUGGGAAGUGAGAGUUCCCAGGUGUUUGUGCUUGAAGGUGUGUUCAAAGUUGAUGCAGAAUUUAAGAAUGGGGAGAUAAAAAUUAUCAUUGAAGGAAACGGGAAAUCUGCAGUUCCCAAAUCGAAUGAAGAAAUUUUAAACCCGGCAGAUCGCUUACAGAGUAAGCCGGGAGAUAGCGGGGCCCCCCACGCUAUUGUUAUGCCAGGAUGUGGUGUGAAGAGGCCGAAUUCGAAAUGCUGCUUGAACAAAGAGUUCGAAUUAAAAACCAAUAGUCUGAAGGGGCCUGACGAGAGGGUUAGCCACCUGUGUAAAAUUACAGAGGUGGGUGGAAAUUCAGAAGAUGGGCUAAGUUUGGGACACGGUGUUGAUAAAAUAAUUCCUAUGGAACAGGCGGGUGAGGGUUUAUCUCGCCCCCUUACUCAAAUUCCCCGGAACAGAGGUGACGGUUAAGGGGGAUGCCAUUUUUAAAUAGCAAAGCCGGUUGUACGGGAUUUCGACAAAGCCUGUGAAUAAUAAAGACAACCCUCUUGGAAGCCUGCUUGUUAAGUUGAAAACGACUGAAAAGAUUAGUUUUCACAUAAACUUUUGUGGAUGCAUGUAAGCUAAGAUCACAACUCCUUAGUUUUUGUUGCUGAAGAAAAAAAAUAGGUGGUUAUUAAACUGAAGCCUGAUGCUACAGGACUUUAGUAAGGUACAAGAUAUUAAGAUAUUAAAGGAAGUGAUGCUGUAAUCGUUAACUGUUUAGAUGCUGAAUUGAAUGUAUCACUUUAUUACUCUGUAGAAAAAAAAACUUUUGUAUUGUGUUAGAUUCUAAAACCCUGUAAGACUUCGUACUACUUCGUUUCACCGCUGGUGAAAAAGCUUUGAAGAAAGGGGGUGUUAUGAAAGUACCAUAGCUCUGAGGGGCCGAAGGGUGCAGGGUAGUCCCCUCCUUUGUGAGAGUCACAAGAGCAUUAUUGGGUUGGGUCAGAGGACCCAGGAAAUGAGAGAGAGAGAGACAUGGCCAUUGUCUCCUGGAGACAACAUUUGUGGAUUGGGGACUAUGCUACAUGCAAGCCCUUGGGCAAAGUGGGCUGGUUGAGAGAGAGAUUGCAUCACCUCAACCUGAUUGACAUCUGAGACCCCGUGAGGAAGUAUAAAAGAGGGUCUGGGGGAACAACCCCUUCAGACGCACCAGAAGAAACGAUAGCGAUCCCGUAAUAGCGGGAAGCCAUUUGAAGGAAGCCACAUGCAUUCGGUUCCCUUGCUUGGGGGCUGGUGGCUGGUACCAUGGAAAACGACUUGGAACUAACAACGGGGAGCCAACUCCCCCCAACUCAACGGAUUGGCCUCAUAAAAGACCCGGGCAAGUUUCAAACCGUCUCUCUCUUAAACCCAAAGUGCUGCAGCUUGAAAGGACAGUGACUUUUAUCUUUCCAUCGGACGAUACAAUAUCCCCUAGACAAACGAUAGAGCUAUUGCUUAAUUGAUGAUUAUUAUUAUACCCGCGUUUUUAGAUUGAGUAUUGAUGACGUAUAUUAUCUGAAUGUCUGUAUUAAUCUUAUUUUGUGCCCCUUUAUAAAUAAAGACUUUAAAAAAUAGUACCAUGAGACUUCAACGGACCUCUCUAUCUUUGCUGGUAAGUGAUCCAGUUACGGGAAUUUCGUAACAAUACGUUGUGUCCGUACAACUACAUAUCAAAUAAAUAAAAGCAUGCAUGUGGGAGGUGAAGUUAACUGGUGUUUUCACAUUGCAGCAAGCAAGAGAGAGAAAAGCACAUAGGUAAGUUAUCAGUCCAUAUGUAGUGCCAAGGGGAGUCAUUGCUUUAAAAGAAAUAGAGCCAUACAUUACAAUUCCUCCCCCUUUAGAUUAAUGUACUGUAACAUAGAACUGUAUUUGUAACAAAACAUUGAAAGUCCCUUCAACAAAUAAACAUACUUUUACAAUUAACACUAUACUAAAGAUUCAGUCUUUUGGGUGGCACUCUGUUUCUUUCAGGAUAGCAUCUCUGGACAUGUGGAGUGGCAUCAGGUUUGGCAGGUGUCUUGUCUAAGACAACUUCCUCAGUUUCCCAUGUCACGUUGCUGUUGAUGACAUGAACAUCACUGAGAGGUAAGUCUUGUGACUGUAAUAUAUCCGUCUUGUUGGAUGCAGUCAACUGGGGUGUGUUCUUCAGCUGAGCAUGACGUCUCCGUGUAUGAUCUCCAACAUACACUGGGCACGUCAUGGUCCUGUUCUUGUAGCUAUCCUAGUGAGUGUCCACUUGUCUUCUCGGUAACCACGCACUAGGAUUUGCUGUCCUCCUCGCUCCUUGCUGAUCCACUUGGCCACUGACUAAAAUAUUGAUUCUGCACUUCCCUCUGUUAUUCUGGUUUCAGGAAGUCUAUACACGAUCUAAAAUUCCUGCUUAUGAACAGCAUUGCUGGUGUUUGAUUUGUCAUCAUAUGAACAGAGUUCUGAUACACAAAAAGGAAAUUGUCCAUCUUGUGCUGUUGACAAAUUUCCUCCUUACCCAUUGUUUUAAUGGACUUCUUGGAUAAACCUUUCAGCUAAUCCAUAUGUUGCUGGGUGAUGAGGAGCUGAUUUGAAAUAUUUGAUGCUAUUUUUCUUCAUGAAUAGUCUGAACUCUUCUGUCAUGUAUUGUGGUCCAUUGUCACUCACAAUUUAGUCAGGUAAGCAGUUUCUGCUGAAGAUAGUCCUCAGAGCAGAGAUAGUCUAUGCUGAGGUGGUUGACUUCAUUGGUAUGAUCUCAGGCCACUUCAGAUGAGCAUCCACUGCAAUCAGAAGCAUGGAGUCCAUGAAUAGCCCAGUGAAGUCAAUAUUCACUCUUUGCUAUGGUGAAAAUGGCCUCUCCACAGGUGUAAUGGUGCUUGAACAGUUUUAGGUCAAAUCUUCAAUCUGUUUAUCUAUUCCCAGCCACUACACAUAGCUCUGGGCAAGAUUCUUCAUUUUGACUGUACCCAAAUGUCCUUCAUGCAGAUUCUCUAACACUCUGGUGUGCAGUUUAAAGGGAACCACAACAUGAGAUCCACACAUAAGCAAUCUUUGACGUACAGACAGUUGGCCCCAUCUCACAGAGAACGCUGAAAACAUAGGAUUACCCUGAGCUGGCCAUGUUGUAUGGUGAUGUCAUAGACUUCAGACAAUGUCAGGUCAUUCCUUGUUUUUUCUUUGCAUUUCAGAAUUUGUUACUGGCAAUUAGUCCACCGAUGCAGUGCGAAACACUACUGCUGGGUCAGAAUAUGAAGAUUUUUCUUCUUCAGUUGCCAAUAGUGGAAGACAUGGCAAUCCACCAGUGUUGCUGUGUUGUUUGGUACCCUUGAACUCUCUGUCAUAAGACUGGGCUCCUAGGAAAAGUGCCGGAUCGCAGUCAUCACUCGGAUUCCCUUCCUGGGAUUGAAAAUGGACACAAGGGGCUGGUGGUCUGUCACUAGGUAAACUUUUGCCUGUAAAGGGAAUAGUGGAACUUCUUUAUUCCCCGUACUAGACUGAAGGCCUCUUGGUCAACCUGUGCAUAUUUGCGUACAGUGCUCAUCAGUGAUCUUGAAGCAAAUGCUGUCAGAUGUUUCAUAGUGUGUGAUAAAACAGCUCCAAAACCAUAAGGGGAUGCACUGCAUGCCAACCUGAUAGGCAGUGAUGGAUCAUAAUGCUGAGCAGUUCACCUGAUCUUAUUAGUCACUUCAUUUCCUUGAAUGAUCUUUUGCAUCUUCCUGACCAUUCCCACUUUGCUCCUGUCUGUAAUAGUGCGUUCAGUGGAUGAGCACUGUAGCAAUGUUUGGGAGAAACCAGUGGUAGCAGUUUACAAGGCCCAGGUAUGACCUGAGUUGUGACACAUUUUCCGGUUUGGGUGCCUGUAGCACUGCUUCAGUAUUCCCUUGUGACUUAUCUAAACCAUACUUGUCAAUGACAUGUCCACAGUAUGAGAUCUCAUUCUUGAAAAACUCACUUUUCUCUCACUUUGCGCACAGCCCAUACUCAGCCUGGUAAGCACUUUACCAAGGUUCUGGAGCUGCUCUUUAUCAUUCUUGCCAUUGAUGAUGAAGUCAUCAAGGUAACAUUUUGUUCCUGAGAUAUCUUGGAACAUUUGGUCCAUUGCUCUUUGCCAAAUUGCUGGAGCUGACGCAACGAUUAAACUGGAACAGUCCCUUGUGAGUGUUGUUUGUGAGGAACUUCCUGUUGGACUGCUCAAUCUCCAUUUGCAGAUAGGCUUGUGACAAGUCAAUCUUUGAAAACCUCUAUCUGCCUGUCUCCCAAAGAUGCAAAAGUGUCUUCUAUUCAUGGCAGGGGAUACUGCACAGUACACAGCACCGGGUUGAUGCUCAACUUGAAAUCCCCACAUAUGCAAACAAUUCUGGCAUUCCCUUUCUUCAUCACUGGGACGACGAACAUAGUCCAAUCACUCCACUCAACCUUGGAGAGAAUUCCAGAUGUCCCCAAUAUCUGCAGUUCGGCAUCCACUUUAGGACAUAGUGUGUUGGCGUGUGGCCUAGUAGAUAAGGUAUUGGUCUAGUGAUCUGAAGGUCACUGGUUCAAGCCUCAGCUGAGGCAACGUGUUGUGUCCUUGAGCAAGGCACUUAACAACACAUUGCUCUGUGACAACACUGGUGCCAAGCUGCAUGGGUCCUAGUGCCCUUCCCUUGGACAACAUUGGUGGCGUGAAGAGGGGAAGGCUGACAGCUUGAGCAACUGCCAGUCUCCCAUACAACCCUGCCCAGGCCUGCACUCUGGAAACCUUCCAAGGCGCAAAUCCAUGGUCUCACGAGACUAAUGGAUGCCUAUCUAUAUAUUAGGAUGUAAUGCAUAAGGCACUGGAUGCACUUUAUGGAAUCUCGGUGUUGCUGCAUCAUUCGGUUCAAUUCUGACCUUCAUGCCUUUGAGUUUACCAAUGCCGUUCUCAAACACUUUCUCAUUAGCAUUAAGCAGCUGUGCCAGUCUCUGGUUAGUGCUACCAAUUGGGUUGCAGUUGCCUGUUGAUGCCACAUUGACAGCUUUGAUUGUGGGCCAGUUUAGUUGUUUGUUUUUCUCAACCAUUCACAUCCAAUAAGUGUUGGCUCUCCACUUUUUAGUACAUUAAGCUCUAACUCUGUGUUUUGCCUUUGCACAUCACAUUUACUUCCAGUUUGACUUUGGGUGACAUUUUUUUGCCUGUGUAGGUCUUUAGCAUUGCUGAGGUCUUUUCUAAUGGUAGCUUAGAAAACAGCCUAUUGUAGUCAGCCUCUGAAACUAUAGACACAGCUGACAAUAUACCCAGCUCCAUUUUCAGUUUUACAUCAGACACAUCUAUUGUGAUCCACAUGAAUUUGUGAUCUGCUUCAUAAUGCUAUGCAGUUCCAGGCAUGACAGCUCUCUUUUGUCAGACUCUGUGUUGUCUGACUUUGUUUUGCAUUUAGUCACUUCAUGCAUUUCUUUAGUUUUGUAUUUGAAACUUCCAUUCUGUGUGCUUUUUCUCUUUGGUUGUGCUUUUUGUCUGAUCAGCACACUCUAUGUGACCUUGUCUGUGACAUUUUCUGUAUACUUUUCCUUUGAACCAAUAGUCAUUUGCAUCUUGGGAGGACUUGCAACAUCAGUAACAUUUUUGUUUUUUUGCACUAUUCAGAGACAUCUUGUGCUAAAUUAUUUUUCUGUAGUUCUGCUGCAUCCUUUUCUGCAGUCUCUAAUGACAUUGCAAUGGCUAAUGCCUAUUUUAAGGUUAGGUCUCUUCCUGCCAGUAGCCUCUUUUGACUGUUUUGAGUGCAUGCCUCAUAUAAGCCCGUCCCUUAAUGUUUCAGAAAGUCCAUCUCUAAAGUAACAGUAUUGGGGAUGUUUGCACAGUUCUGCAAUGCAUUCAGAAAUACUUUCAUCCUUUGACUGGUUCCUUUUGUUAAGACUAAAUCUCAGCUAUUACCUGCGCUUUAGGGUUCAAGUGAUUUUGUAAAAUUGUAACAAUUUCAAUGAAUAUCUUGCUUGCAGGAUUUACUAAUUUGCGUAAAAGCUUGUAUGUUUUAGCACCCGUUAAGCAAAGGAUUAUAGGGGCUUUCUUUUCUUCAUCCACCUUGUUUGCCUUACAAUGCAGUUCAACCCUUUGAAAUACGAUUCCCAGUCCCAAUUAGCACCAGCAAAUUUGUUAACUUUCCUGACUAAGACUAUCAUCACGUUAUUUUCACUUUAAUGUUGCUAGUUGCGCAACCUUUACUGUGUACUGUGCACAGUUACUCACGUGAUGCUUUAUUCAUGUCCGUGGCGUCUUUUCUGUACUGUCUAAUUCUUUCCUCUCACUGUUUUUCUCCCUUCUGAAGUCUGUCAUCCCGUAACUGUUGGUGAUAUUUGCUGCCAUUGAGGUUUGUACUCAUCACUAAUUUGUUGUGUCUGUGCAAUUACAUAUCAAAUAAAUAAAAGCACACACACAGGAGGUAAAUUUACAGUGACUGGUGUAUUAACAUUGCAGGGAGAGAGGGUCUCGGCCUGAAACGUCGACAGCGCUUCUCCCUAUAGCUGCUGCCUGGCUUGUUGUAUUCCAACAGCAUUUUGUGUGUGUUGUUGAGCAGAUCAAUGUGUUUGCUUAGACAACAGAUCAAUGCGGAUAGCUAAGGUAUCAGUCCAUAUGGGGAGUCAUUGCUCUAAAAGAAAUAGAUCCAUACAUUACACUCUCCACCACACAUCUAGAGAAGUUUAUCAACCUAUGAACAUUUAGUAUCUAAUGAGAAAAACAAAGCCAUUCUCCAAGGAUUAUAGCCAAACGAUAUUUAAUAUUUAUUAGCAUAAGAACUUAAAUUUUACAGUUAAGGUGAUUCACUGUUGGACAAAAAAAUUUACCAAACCAGCUUAGGAGAUAUUAUGGUGGAGAUUAAAAAAGCUUGAUCAAGGAGCUUUCUAACUGAGCAUUUUAAAGGAAGAAAGAUAGGUAAAGAGGCCAAGGAAGAGUGUUCUACAGCUUAGUAUCUAGUUGGCAAACCUUCUUUAACAGAUCAAGCUUUUAGCAUAUGGAAAAGGAAAGGUAUAAUAUGUUUUCGUGAUCUCUUUUUUGAAGGUAGUUUGAUAUCUUUUGACCAACUUGCCAACAAAUUUAAUUUACCUAAAUCUAAUUUUUUUAGAUAUUUACAAAUUAGAAAUUUUUUAUAUAAAGUUUUACCAUCCUUUCCCAAUUCAACUUUGAUAGAUUUUUCAGACAUGAUUUUUACCCUGAAUCCUUGUCAGAAAGGAUUAGUGGCUUUUAUUUAUAAUAGGAUUAUGAAGAUACAACCAGAAAUAUCAGGUAGAAUUAAACAAGAGUGGGAAAAAGAACUUCAAUAUAAUAUAUCAACAGAAAAAUGGGAAAAAAUUUACAAAUGGUUAAUUCUUCUUCUAUAUGUGCUAAACAUGCUUUAAUACAAUUUAAAAUUGUACAUAGAGCUCAUAUGUCUAAAGAUAAGCUUGCUCGAUUCUAUUCUCAUAUUAACCCUCAAUGUGACAGAUGUCAUUCAGAAGUGGCUUCAUUGACCCACAUGUUUUGGUCAUGUCCCACUUUACAUAACUAUUGGAAGGACAUAUUUGCUACCAUUUCCUCAAUUUGGAAUAUUGAUUUACAACCUCAUUUUAUUACUGCAAUUUUUGGUAUACCAAAUGAGGAUGGUAGUCGACUUUCCCCUUCAAUUAGACAAAUGAUCGCCUUUGUAACAUUAAUGGCCAGAAGGUCUAUAUUACAAAAAUGGAAAGAAGUAAACCCUCCUACCACAUUUCAGUGGUUUUCUCAAACUAUCUCUUGUCUGAGUUUAGAAAAAAUUAGAAGUACUAUUUUCGAUUCAUCAAUUAAACUUGAAGAAACUUGGGGACCGUUCAUUCGACACUUUCAUAUGAAUUAAUUUGGCCUCUUCCAGACCUUUUCUCUUUUUAUUCUUGUUCUGGUAUGGAGUUCUGGAGUUUUUGACACUAUCAUACUCAUAUAAACUGGUAUUAUUGCCCAUGUUAGUUUAGGGUUUUUUUUAAUAUACAUUUCUUCGUGCAUUUUUACUUUUUUUUUCUUUUGAUGACUAUUUUUAUUCUUUUUCAUGUUCAAUCAAAAUAAGUUUGAUUGUUUAUUAUAAGUUUUUUCUUUGAUUGAUAUUUAAUAAGAUAUUGUUAUCCUAUUAUAAAUUUAACUUUAAAUCUAAUGCAUUUAUAACCUAUUUAUAUUAUGUUAUGUUUCUCUUCAUAUAUAUGAAAUUCAAUAAAAAGAUUGAAAAAGAAAAGAAAGUAUCUAGUUGGCUACCCUUUUAAUAAUGGAUAGAUUAUACUUUCACUUUACCAUCCUGUCUGAAUUUGAGAAAUCAAGUGGCUCUGAGUGUUGUUGAGUUGGAUAAGAUUAUGAAACAGGAGCAAAGAUUUUGUAAAGAAGGACGAGAAAAGCUAAGUGGGACCCAAUGUGACCAGGACUUUGUGUGGGCUUGGGCAAUAGAAGUUUAGUUGAUCCAAAGUUUACAGAGAGUAGAAGAAGGGAGGCUGUCUAUGUCAGGAGAUAAUAAUUGCAAGGAUGAGGGUUUCAGUAAUAGAUAAGCUGAAAAUGUUUUGAAUUCAAGUGAUAGAUAUGUGGUCUAAGUGGUUCAUGGAUACGUAGUUUGAUAAAAUUGCAGACCGCCUGGUUCAGUCUCAGGCAGUUCUCAAGAAGAGGAAUAGAGAUGGUGUCUAGGGAAUGAAAUCACUGGUGAGGAAUAAACAUAAUCAAUCUCCUCCACCCCCUCCUGUUUACUUGGAGGUAAUUUCUGCCAGUUGUUAGAUGGUUGGUGAACAGUGUGGGAGCUCAGAGAGAAGUAGUGCUAAAAUAGAGCUGUGAAACACAGACAUCAGUUUUGAGUGUUUGGAUACCAUUGCGCAGGAAGCAACUUAAAGAUGUGAAGGAAGAGGUGAUGUGGAAUUGAUAGGAUGGAAGUGUUAAGGGUUGCCAUCACAGAUAUUCUCUGGCUGCAAAUGAAUGCAUGGAGCCAGAUGAAUGUAGUUCUCCUCAAUCAGUGAAGAGGCAUUGAUGGGGGACCUUGAGCUCAACCCCAUAAAGCUGUGUAGAUAGAUCAGAAAUGAGAGCAAGAACAAUCUUCCUUUACCACAGCGAAUGUUGGAUGUCACUUCUCAGCUUACAACUGGCUCAUUAAAGUUAAUCGCUGUCAGUUGGGGACCGAAUGCCAUAGUCAGCAAUGUUUUGUUCCAGCCACAUGUCCCUUUUCAGGUUUUUCUUAAUCUGUCUACUUUCUUUCAGUAUUUUUGGAUUAAUGUUUUGUGGGGAAAAAGAUAUUGGCAUUUUUUCCACAGUCGCAGAAGAGCAUCUGACAGAGUCCAAUUCAGCCAUCUGGUCAAUGCAGUGAAAUGUAAAUUUUUUUAUACCCAUUCUUAGGUAGGUGCAUGGAGCUUAGAAAAAUAGAGAGCUAUGUGGUAGGGAAAUACUAGGCAGUUUCUAGAGUAGGUUACAUGGUCGGCACAACAUUGUGGGUUGAAGGACCUGCAAUGUGCUAUGUUCACUCAUUGGAAAAACACAAGGUACAAUUAUCAGUCAAAACAGUGUAAGUAUUCUCUCAAGUGAAUACUUAAUCACAUUAGAUCUAUUAACAUUCUUUAUAUGAGCAAAGUGGAAUCUGAUGAUUGUUAAUGUUUUAUUUAAACAUUUUUUUUCUUUUAAAGUGGUUGAGUCAUUACUGACACAGGGUGCCAUAUUUCUCUGUUGGACUUGUGCAACAAUUUAUUCAAUUAAAAAGGUGCUUGUAGGGUGUUUGAUCAUCCAACAAAGUCGCAAAGAAAAUUUAUCCAGUACUAAACAGCCUUCAUGUGAUCAGCCAUGGCCUUUAGGCAAAUCAGGGGUUAUGAGGAAUGGGCAGGAAGGAGGAGUUGAGGUCAAGAACACACCAUGAAUUUUUGAAUAUCAAGCCAGACACAAGAGACCAUUGCAGCUGCUGCUGCUCCUAUAUUUUGUUUUCGUGAUAACAGACAGACAGACAGACGAACUUUAUUGAUCCCGAGGGGAAUUGGGUGUCAUUACAGCCACACCAAGAAUAGUGAAAAAAUAUAGCAAUAUCAAACCAUAAAUAAUUAAAUAAUAAUAAGUUAAUCAUGCCAAGUGGAAAUAAGUCCAGGACCAGCCUAUUGGCUUAGGGUGUCUGACACUCCAAGGGAGGAGUUGUAAAGUUUGAUGGCCACAGGCAGGAAUGACUUCCUAUGACGCUUAGUGUUACAUCUCGGUGGAAUGAGUCUCUGGUUGAAUGUACUCCUGUGCCUAACCAGUACAUUAUGGAGUGGAUGGGAGUCAUUGCUGCUCUGCUCUGCAUAACAGCUCUGUGUCCAAUAGUAAAUGCAUAUACUGCAAAAUCCUUUUCGAAAACUGGUGAUGCCCAGGUGAUUAUCGAACUAACGUACACAUCAGAGUUCAUAUAACUCAGUACAGGUAAAGAAUCAAACAAACGAGUCAUUUUUGAAAUAAAAGAGAAUGCUGGAGGUACUCAGAAGGUCAACCAGCAUCUGUGAUGCAGAAUUAACAUGUUAGGUUGAUGAUAUUUCAUCAAGACUCUCAGAGUGGUAAUGAGUUUCCAUCUAAUCAACAUGUAAUUGAAUGGUGAUGCAUUUUUCAAGUCAGAGUCAUAUACGAACUACAGGUGAUAAGAAUUCCCAUCCUCCUGCUGCCUUCAUCAACCCAGGUACUGAGGUUGCAGAUUUGAGAGGUGCUUUUGAGGAAGCUCUGUUUGUCCAGGUGUUAGAUUGUACACUUUGUGGGCAGUGUGCCCUAGAGGUGAAGAAAGUAAAGUUUAGGUUGGUGCAUAGGGUGCAAAUCAAAUAGCCUCUUGGUUUCAAGCCUCUUGAGUGUUGUGGUAUUUUAAAUAUGUAGGCAGGUGAAUAGUCCUCUAUCACACAUCUGAACUGUGCCCUGUAAACCUGAGACUAAGAGAGUCAGGGGACAUCACUCACCAUAGAAACCUUGAGUUUGUGCAGUAUAUCUUGGCAUUUAGCAGGGCUCCAGCAACUCAUCAAUAGUUACCCUUUAAAUAAGUCUAUCCCCCUUUGAUCUAAUCCCUGAGGUGCAUUUACCAUUCCCUCUACCUUCCUCUCUCUGACGCAGGAUGUUCCGUCCUCAGCAAUAGCCUUAUUUUUAGCCUCCUUUGCCAAGCUCUACUUCCAGCUUCUCCAUCCUUUGGCAAGAAUUCCCCACUCUGCACUGAUGGUUCCUCUCCCAUCUCCAAUCCUUCUUUUCCUGGACUCCCUGCCCUGCUUCUCUGCAUGGUCCUGAUCUUUUCAUCUCCAAUUGCUGAUGAGACACCAACCGGCUCGACUUCAGCACUCCUCUCUAUCGCAAGCAAGAGAAUUCCUACAAGCAUGGUUUUCUGCGAACAAUUCUGUAAACAGACAUACAGACCUCAAUCUGAUUUAUAAGCCAAUACAGGCUAAAUUCCAGACCACAAUACAGAGUUUGCCUCCUCCCGACAUCACAACUGAGUUUCUAUAAUGACACCAAGAAGCUGAUUGAGAAGUAUAUUAAGGCCAAACAUUCACAGUUCCCUUACUGCUCAUAUCUACCUCCUAUCCAAGAUCCACAAAUAUUAAUAACUGGGUAAGCCCAUUGUCUCUUCCUGCUCCUGUCCACAUACAUUUGACUCCAUUCUAUCCCCCUUGGUUCAAUCCCUUCCCACCUACAUCCAUGACACUUCACAUGCACUUCAAUCUCCUAAGCAAAUUUUAACUCCCUGGUCCUGACUGCCUCACUUCCACCAUGGAUGUACAGUCACUACACACUUCUAUCCCCCAUCAAUGUCUUAAAUCUCUCCACUUCUUUCUCAACAAAAGACCCAACCAGUUCCCCUCCACCACCACUGUCCUCCAUCUGACAGAACUGGUUCUCACCCUCAACAAUGUCUCUUUUGGCUCCUCCCAAAACUCAAGAGUUAGCCAGAGGCACCUACUUGGGCCCCAACUAUGUCUGCCCUUUUGUUGGCUAUGUGGAAUAGUCCAUGUUCCAAGCCUUCCCUGGUAAUUCUCCCUAAUUCUUUUAGUGCUACAUUGACAACUGCAUUGGUGUUGCUUCAUGCACGCAUGCUGAGUUCGUCAAUUUCAUCAAUUUUGCCUCCAACUUCCACACUGCUCUAAAAUUCACUUUGUCCACUUCUGACACCUCUUUCCCCUUUCUUGAUCUCUCUGUCUCCAUCUAUGGAGCCAAACCAUCUGCUAACAUCUUUUAUAAGCCUACCGAUUCCCAUGACUAUACCUCUUCCUACCCUGCCUCGUGUAAAAAUGCUGCUUGUUUUUCUCAUUUCCUUUAACUCCGCUGCAUCCAUUCCCAAGAUAAGGUUUCCCUUUCCAAUUCCAGGACAUCUGAGAUGUCCUCCUUCUUCAGAGAACAGAAUUUCCAUUCCUCCACCUUUGGUACUGCCCUCAACUGCAUCUCCUCCAUUUCCCAGACAUCCACAUUCACCCCAUCUUUCCACCAUCUUAACAAGGAUAAAGUUCCUCUUGUGCUCACCUACCACUCCAUGGGUCUCCACAUCCAGCAGAACAUUCUCCACAACUUCCACCAUCUUCAACAGGAUCCUACAACCAAACACAUCUUUACUUCCCCUCCCCCACUCUCCACUUUCCGUGGGGAUUGCUCCCUCCGUGAUUCCCUUCUCCAUUCAUCUCUCCCCAUUAAUCUCCCUCCAGGCACGUAUACCUGCAAGUGAGAGAAAUGCUACACCUGCCCAUUCAUCUCCUCCCUCACCUCCAUUCAGGGCUCCAAACAGUCCUUCCAGGUGAAUCUGCUGGGAGUCAUCUGUUGUAUCCAGUGCUCCCAAUGUGGCCCCCUCUACUUUGGAAAGACCCAACACAAAUUGGCUGACCGCUUUGUUAAACACCUCCACUCCAUCCGUCAAAUGCAGAAAUUCCUGGGGUGACCAUUUUAAUUCUAAUCCCCAUUUCAGUUCCCGUUCUGAUAUGCCGGUCCACGGUGUCCUCUUCUGCCACAAGGCUACUCUCAGGGUAAAGGAACACCACCUCAUAUUCUGUGUUGGUAGCCUCCAACCUGAUGGUAUGAACAUCAAUUUCUCCUUCUGGUAAUUUUUUCUCUUUUAUUUUCCAUUCCUCUCCCCCAUCCUCCUCCUAUUCCCCAUUCUGGCCUCUUACUACUUCUCCUCACCUACCUGUCACCUCUCCUGGUGCCCCUUCUUCUUCUUUCUUUUCUCCCACGGUCCACUCUCCUCUUCUAUCAGACUCCUUCUCCAGUCCUUAAUCUUUCCCACCCACUUAGCUUGACUUAUCACCUUCUAACUUGUCCUUCUCCUCCAUCUUUUUUUAUUCUGGUGUUUCCAUCCUUCCUUUCCAGUUCCGAUGAAAGAUCUUGUCCUGAAACGUCAACUUUUUAUUCACUUCCAUAGCUGCUGCUUGACCUGCUGAGUUCCUCCAGCAUUUUGUGUGUGUUGCUCUGGAUUUUGAGCAUCUGUAGAAUCUUGUGUCUAGCUUUUCCUUUGUUGAUAUUAUUUGUGUCCAGUAUCAUGCUUCAGUUCUAUUCUAUUAAAUAAAUUAUGCAAUCGGAGGUUGUUGAUGUAUGUGCAAUCACAUCUUGUAGAUACUUUGAUUUUGCACAAAUUUCUCCAUUGGAUGGUGAUGGAUUCACUGUAAUAACAUUGCACAAGUGCUGACAGAAGAGACCGGAGAUCGACAAGUCCAAUUUUCUGGACCGGAAGGCAACCAGCUGAUUUCCACAAGCCAACAAUGACCUCUUAUCAAAUCUGACAAAGAGCCAGAUUCAAACAUUCCUGUUCUCCACAGAUAAUUUUUUUUCAAUAAACACCUCUAAGCAAAACAUUUAUUUAUAUGUAAUUGAUGAGCCUGGAUUUGAAAUUUUGGCUAGACUUUUGAUUAUGAAAGCUCCAAAGUCCUGCCCUCACUACUGCAAUGCCUCAGAACUGUAAGGAUUACCAAUCCUGAUGAAUUUCUUUUUAGUUGUUCAAGAAACCAGAAACCACCAUCUCACCUGAGAUAGUCUGUGUAUACCAAGCUUUGGGGGGCGGGGGGGGAAUGCGGGAAUUAAAACCAUAAUGUGAAUAAGUAACCAAUGAAUAAAAGAAAGCAUUGCCUAGAUGUUCUGCUCUAAACUAGUUGUAAGAAUAGGGCAAAGAGAACAGCUAGAAGUAACAGGCAACUAUAAGUCAUGCCAUGGAACCUUCCUCACUAUGUCCGGUCCAGUUUCUAGUACCUAGGUCAACAGCAAGGCACAUGCCUUAAUGGAUGACUGCUUCACUUGUUACACAUUAAUUUAGGUGAAUGAAGGACUUCAGACUUUAAUCACAUGCAGAAGAAAUGGAUUUGGAUUUGCUAAGCAGUGUUAAGUAUAUGAAGGUCAUGAAAAGGACAAAAUAAUAUUAAAACUAGUGCACUUUAGCCAUUUUCAUUACAGCUGAGAAAGCUAGAUAGUUCAAUGCUGAGAUUUUUAAGACUCUUAAGGGUUUUGAAAAAGAGAAAUCCUGCAACAAGAGGUCAACAAUUUAGGAAUAACGUUAAGAGAUUAAGUUUCAUGGGUGACUUGGAGCAAUCAAAUUGGAAAUAUUAUGACAAGUGAAUUUACAGUGUACCUCCAGGAUAAUUUCCUAAAACAAUAUGUUAUGGAACAAACCAGGUUAUGGGCUAUUGUAUCUGGUAAUGUGUAACAAGACAGGCUUAAUAAAUUAUUUCAGAGUAAAAGGUUGCCUUGGAAGUACCUUUACAAAUAUGACAGAAUUUAGUACUUAAACUGAGUAAAAAGAUUGGGUUUGAACAACUGCAGGAAAUUUAACUGGAAGAAUUGGAAAAGAGUGAGAAAAUAGUUGGCUAAAUUGAACUGGGCAAAUACAUUGGUAAGUCAAUAAAUAAUCAGUGGUAAAUGGUCCAUGACUCAAAUCAAAAAUACAUCUUAGAACCAGAGUCAUGAAAAGUAGGGUACAAAACAGACACUUUGGCCCAUCAAGUCCACAUUGACCCAUUUAAACUGCCAAGUCCCAUUGAUCUGCAUGCUGACAAUGACCCUCCAUACCCCUGCCAUUCAUAUACCUAUCCAUUUACGCUGGCAGCUUAUCCACACUGUCACAACCCCCUGAGUGAAAAUUCCCUUUGUGUUCCUUUUAAACAUUUCACCUUUCACCCUUAACGCAUGAUCUCUACAUGUACAUCCUCAGUGGAAAAAGCCUGCUUGCAUUUACCUUAUCUAUAUCCCCCCCCCCCCACCCAACAUUUGUAUACCUCUAUCAAAUCUGCCCUCACUCAUCCACAUUCCAAGGAAUAAAACCUUAAUCUAGUCAAUCUUUCCUUAUAACUCAGGUCCUCCAGUCCCAACAAGGUCCUUGUAAAAAAAGGUUGAAGGAGUACAUAGAAAUCUUUCCUCUAGGUACAUGAACAAUAGCACACACAAUACUCCAAAUUAGACCUCACCAGUGUCUUAUACAACUUCAACAUAACACCUCAUCUCCUGUAUUCAAUACUUAUGAAGGUCAAUGUGUCAAAAACUUUCUUAAAAGCCCUACCUGUUUUCAAUUAAUUAUGGACCUAUUUUCCCAGAUCCUUUUAGUUUUUAGACACUCCUCAGUGCCCUACCAUUCACUGUACAAGACCUACCCUGAUUGAUCCUACCAAUGUGCAAAACCUCGCACUUGUCUGUAGUACAUUCCACUUGCCUUUUUACUAACUGGUCCUGAUCUGCUACAACCUUUAACAGUCUUCCUAGCUGUCUACUACACCCCCAAUCUGAUGUCAUUUGCAAAUUUGCUGAUCCAGUUACCCACAUCAUCAUCCAUAUCAUUGAUAUAGAUAAUAAACAGCAAUGGACCCAGCACCAAUUUCUGUGGCACUCCACUAGUCACAGGCCUCCAAAGAGGCAAGCAUCUACUACUUAUUUUCUGGCUUCUCCCACAAUGUCAAUGCUUAAUCCAAUUUACUACCUCAUCUUGAAUACCAAGCAACUGAACCUUCUUGACCAACUACCAUGUCCGUGUAGACAACAUCCACUGCCUUGCAUUUAUCAACUUUUCUGGUAAAUUCCUCAAAAAACUUGUUCAGUUGGACAACCUACCAUAUAAAAGCAAUACCAACUCUCCCUAAUCAGUCCCUAUCAAUCCAAAUGCUCAUAUAUCCAAUCACUUAGAAUAUCUUCCAAUCAUUUUCCCACUGCUGUUGUCAGGCCCUGGGGUUUUUUCCACCCUAAUUUGCCUCAAGACAGCAAACACCUCCAUGCCCUGAACUCAUCUGCCUUCCCUACUUGCAUUGAAAUACAUGCAGUUCAGAACAUAAGUUGCACUAUGCUCAAACUUUUCUUAUGUGCAGUUCCCAGCACAUGACAUAACAAUGCCUCUACUGUCUUAGAAAUUUGUGCAUAUUCCGGAUGUUACCUCCCACAUCACUAGGUUCAGGAACAGUUGUUACCCUUCAACCAUUCGGCUCCUGAACGAGCAUGGAUAAUUUCCUUCACCUCAACAAUGAAUGGAUUCCACAAGCAAUGGUCUCACUUUCAAUGAAUCUACAAUUCAUGGUUUCAGUAUUAUGUAUUUACUUUUGCUCAAUUUGUCUCCUUUUGCACAUUACUUUCAAUCUAUGUACAACUUUUUGUAAAUGCUAUUGUAUUUUUGUUGAAAAUGCUUACAAGAAAAUGAGUCUCAAGAUAGUAUGUGGUGACGUAUACAUACAAUUAUAAUAAGUUUGCUUUGAACUUCAAAUUCAGCAAUUGUAAUGUUCCGUAACUACUUAGAAUCUACAUAAGUGACUGGAAAACUUGACAUUUAUUAAAAAGUGUGUGUGUGGGGGGUGGCAAAAUCUGUUAACUUCGGAGUGGUUAGUUUAACAUGUAAAAUUGGAAAAAUGACACAUGGUUUCAUGAAGAAAAAAUGUCUCACAAAUUGAUUAGAAUUCUUUGAGGAAGUAUCAGCCAGAAUGGAUGGAGUGUCCAAUAUCUCAGCCGUCCAAUAUCUCAGCCUUUCAAUAUCCAGUAGGUUUCAAUGAGUUUUUCUCUUCAUCCUGCCAAACUCUAACAAGUUCAGAGACAAAUGCUCCAUGUAGGUUAAGCCUUCAUUCCAGUGAAGCACCUCUGGACCCUCUCCAGCACAUCUUUCCAUGGUUAAAAAUUGCUCACAAUAUUCUUAAUGCAGUCUAACCGACCUCUCAGCAGUACAUCCUUACUUUUACAUUUUAGUCUUGAUUAAAUGAACACUAACAUUGAACAUAGAACAUCCAUUUCAAUGGCCACUAUUAGGUACACCUGCUUGUUAAUGCAAAUAUCUAAUCAGCCAAUCAUGUAGUAGCAAAUUAAUGAAUAAAACACACAACAGGCAUGGUCAACAGGUUUAGUUGUUGUUCAGACCAAACAUCAGAAUGGGGAAGAAAACUGACUUUGAUUGUAGAACGAUUAUUGGUCCCAGACAGGGUGGUUUGAGCACCUCAGAAACUGCUGCUCUCCUGGGAUUUCCACACACAACAGAUCACUGGAGAAUGGCCACAGUAACUAAAAUAACCAUAUGUUUCAAUAGAGGUAUGUAGAAAAGCAUUCUUGAGUGCACAAUAUAUCAAACCUUGUUGUGGAACGGCUACAGCAGCAGCAGACCACACCAGGUUCCACUCCAGUACCUAAUAAAGUUCCCACUAAGUGUACAUACAAUUACAGACCCUCUGGCCCAGAAUGUUGUACUAAUCUUUUAAACUACUCCAAGAUCAAUCUAACACUUCUUUCCCACAUGGCCCUCCACUUUUCUUUCAUUCAUGUGCCCAUCUGUGAGAGUAUCUACCUUUACCACCACUCUAGGCAGUGCACUCUACAUGCCAACCACUCUGUAUAUUUUAAAAAAAUCCCCCUAUAUUUUACUCCAAUCACCUAAAAAUUAUGCUACCUCAUUUCCACUCUAGGAAAACGUCCCUGGCUAUCCACUCAUCUAUGCCUUUUUUUCAUCUUGUACAUCUCUGAUCAAGUUGCCCUUCAUGGUCCUUCACUCCAAAGAAAAAAUCCGUAGCUCACUCAGCAUAUUCUUACAAGCCAUGCUCUCCAAUUCAGGUAAAUCUCCUCUGUGCCAUUUCUAAAGUUGCCAUAUCAUUAUUAUAAUGAGGCAACCAGAGCUAAAGACGAUACUCCAAGUGGGAUCUAUAGAGCUGUAACGUUACCUCAUGGCUCUUGAACUCAAUCUUCCAACUAAUGAAAACCAACAUCAAUGAAAAACAACACAAGUGCCUUUUCAACCACUAUCAACUUGCAUGACAACUUUGAGGAAUCUAUUGACAUAACUCAAGAUUAACUUGGAAGGGAAUCCUGAAUUAUGACUUAAGACAAUAUGCAUGUCCGAAUUCCAAAUUCCAUCCCUAUUUAGAAUAUAGUCUACACCUUUAUUCUUCCUACCACUGUGCGUAACUUCACACUUCCCUACUCUGUAUUCCAUUUGUCACUUAUUUACCUAUCCAAGUCCUUCACAAUAUUACCUGUCCCUCUAUCUUGAUAUCAUCUGUACACGUGGCCACAAUGCCAUCAGUUCCUUCAUCCAGAUCAUUAAUUAUAAAGGGGAAAGUUGUCCUGAGAUUGACCCAUGCAGACUUCCAGUAGUUACCAGCAACCAUCCUUAAAAAGGCACCUUUAUACUCCACUCUGAUUCUACCAGUCAGCCAAAGUUCUAUCAGUGCUAGUAUCUUGUCUCCAAUAAUACGGGUUCUUACUUAGUUUAGCAAUCUUGCAUAUGAAAGUCCUAGUAAACAACAUCCACUGACUCCCUGUUAUCUGUUUAUUACCUCUGAAAUAUAAGAGAUUUGUAAGGGAAGAUCUCCCCCUCAAGAACUGUGCUGCCUUUGCCCUCUUUUAUCAUGUAUUUCCAAGUACUUUGAAGCUUCAUAAUGGACUUUACAAUCUUAUAGACCAUUGACAUCAGGCUAACUAGCCUAUAAUCAUCUUUCUUUUGCCUCCUUCACUAAAGCAGGUAACAAGAGAAAGCAAAACUCUUCAUAUUCUUGAACAUGAAGUCUCAACUUACUCUUUCGAAAGAUGCUGAUUUUUGACCAUAUGGGUAGCUUGCAUCACUAAACAUUGAGUAUUUUCUCUAUUGCCAUCAAAAGUUCAGUGGUGGAAAAGGGCAGCAGUUAAAUAUCAACACAGAAUUCUCCUAUUUGUGUUCAUUACUCUUAAGGGGGUGCUGAAAACAAAAACAGCAUAUAUCACGUUUUCCCUUUGUCCUUCAUAGCCCUUUCAAAAAAAUAAAUCAGGAGAAAUGAGCAAAAGAACUACCAGAAAUUAAAAAAAAACUGUUGCCCAUUCCUAAAGCACUAUGGAAACAAAUACCAGCAGAUUGAAUUCUAUUAUACCGUAUUAAGUGUGUGUCUGUUUCUUAUACAGUUAUUCUGAAGAAAUCUGAAAUAUUUACAGGGGAGUGGAUAAAUGUGCUCUGAAGUGGCAAAUAGCAUUUAAUCUUUUACCUUUCUUUUAAAACAAAACAACUGCAAUUUUCCAAUCCUCUGGCACCAUCCAGAAAUCUAUACAAAUUUGGAAGAACCAGUUAGUUAUCCUAGUUUACAUAAAAGGCUUCCCUCUUCUGUGGCAUCUGCAAGUUUAACAAUGGCAUAAUUUAUUGACUUCAAAGUGUUUUCCUUUUCAUAUAGAAUGGUGAUUACUGUAACAGCCGGGGCGUGCCCAUAGAGUUAGGAAUGUUAUCAUUCACUUUAAAGUUCUGAAUGUUUCUCAUGUCUGGCCUCCCACUGCACAUGCUGACAUGCACCAGGAUAACUCUUAUCCUAAAUCUUGAAGACAAUGUCAACAACCAAAAGAAAAACAGUGUAAUCAUACAUGUUUAUUUGUGCAAUGCAACUGAAUACAGGAAAAAAAGACAUUCAAGCUACUGCUUGCAACAUACAGUACACAGCUUCAUGUGCUAGUCUGAAAGUUUACAGCACAACAUGGAUUAAAUAAUCAAUGGGUCAUGCAGUAAUAGAAAAAAGGUCCUAUAGGAAAUCUUCCAAAUUUGUUAUUUUUUUUUAAAAAAACAGUGAAAUCACAACAAAUCAUUGAAAAUAUUCACGUGUUAAAAUGUUUGUGGAUAAAACUAACAGGUUAAUAUUUCAGGCAUUGAACUUCUCUAAAUAUUUAAUUCAUUAACACCACCAGCGCUGCUCAACCUUUUGUGGCAAGGACCAAGUGAAACUCCAAAAAAAAAUCACAGGGGCUAAACACAAGUUUUAUUUAAUCACACAUAACAGAACAGACAUUUUUAGUCAUAAAUAUGAAAACAAAUGAUAGUUGGAUAGCAUAUUUUCUGUUCAAAACAGUAAUAGUCUCGAAGUGCAGGAAACUACGACUGGUGUUUAUGUAUUUAGCCAAUUUACUUGAAAUUAUUUUAAUACUUGCAUCAGACAUGUUGACUUAAUACAAGCCUGUACUGCAGCUAAACCAACAAUUAAGUAUUUAAUAACUUUACAAAUUAAAACAUUUUAAUAGGUUGGUGCUUUAAUACAAAUUGUUAUUUAUUGCAGCAUCUAACACUCUUUUCCAGGAUUAGAAUACAAAUCUAUACAUUCUUCUACACCUCUUCUGGAAGCCCGAGGGUCAUUUCAUCACCUGACCGGACCGAAGAAAAUAUUCAGAACACAAUGCCAGAGGACUUCUAGCCUGACCACUAAUAGUAGUUCAUUUACAGCCUCUGGAAUUGAUAGGGCAAUUGUGUGAAUAGCAGUACUUUAAUCCAACACUGGAACGAAUCCUCUUGCUCCAGCCUGAUGCAUGUAUCAAAUAAUCACUGUGUUGUACAAGGCCCUUGUAUGCCAACUGAGUAACUUAUGAGUGGAUAGAUGUUGAUUUGCUGCUUUUUUUUUGACAAACAAUGCUUUUUAACAUUAAAUAGGAUGUAGUCAGCAGCUCUGUAAACAGAAAAAUUGACUGGCUGAGGAGACUGCUUGAUAGAAACUCCAAAGGAAAAGAACUCAGGCUUGUCUGGACAUAAUGCAUAAAAAAACCCACUACUUCUACAUGUGGCAACCACUCAGCAUAGACAAGAGUAAUGGAGAAAUGCAUUUGUUAUGAUCAUUCAGAUGAUAACCUCAUGCAAUUUCAGAUUAACAGGACAAUUAAUAUUUGUUUGGGUUAAAAACAUCACAAGUUAAAAUUGAAAUUGCUAAGUACUAUUUAACUUUUUAAAAAAAAUAAAUAAUCCCACAUUAAUCAGGUUUCCAUAGCAAAUAAAAAAGCAUGCUGGCACCAUUCCAGGUGUUUAGCUCAAACUAGCUGGAUUUUAAAAAUUGCUGUUAAUCCACAAUCCUGUGGUUAAGAACAAUUUCAAUAAUACAAUGAAACUUUCCAUAAGAUAGCAAACAUGAUAAGGAUGAAUCUUACAGCUUUUAUGUUAAUCUUAUAUCUUAAAAUAA